AUGGAGCAUGAGUUGUGCCACGAGAGAGUUGACCAGCCGAUAUGGGCAUAUCGGAAAGCUCUGCUGGAGUCGAUACAGGAGAACCAAGUCACCUUUGUGAGAUUAUGAUUUCAUCUAAGCGUCUCGUGCUCGUGCACUCGUGAUCAAUGAUGAGUAAGAAUCUAGUAACCAGCGCUAUUUUUACAACUAUCCAGUCGCUAGUAAGUCGCUAGUAAUCCAGUCGCUACUCGCUAGUAACCAGCGCUAUUACAACUAUUUCCAUCUGAGAAUUUGCUCAAUAAAUCUGAUUAAUCCUCGAUGUCUCCUCACUAUGAUUCCACCUCUUUCUAGAAACAAGUCUAUUGUUGUAGCUUUUCUUCAUACGCAGGAUUGCCAGGGACUGGAAAAUCUACGCAAAUUGGCCAACUGUUAGUAGAUGCGAAUCCCGACUACGUGCGAGCAGUAUUAGCAACCCGGACGGCAUCGACCGCACGCAACCUUGCGAGACGGGUUACUGCUGAGCGAGGUGUAAGAGGGUCCUCGUCAAAGGAUGAAGAUGAUGGACCAAGAGGACCUGGCUCAAGUGAUAAUCAUGUGGUUGUAAGGUUCGUCGAGACUCUGGGUGAUGUCUUUCAUCUUUGUAGAAGAGGACGUCGCUGUACUAAUGCUUCAAUUGGUGUUGACGUGGACGUCGAAGACAAGUGCGACCAAGCAGAACGCCCUCCGACGUGGU